UGGCGCAGACGUCGCGCGCUCUCGUGCUGAUUCCUCGCGUCACGCUCGUGCGGAACCGGGCGCGGUGGAGUUUCGGUGAAAAUGUCGGUGUUUCAUGACGAAGUGGAGAUCGAGGACUUCGAGUACGACGAGGACGCGGAGACGUUCUACUUCCCGUGUCCCUGCGGGGACCGGUUCGCCAUCACGAAGGAGGACCUGGAGAAUGGAGAGGAGGUGGCCACGUGUCCGAGCUGCUCGCUCAUCGUCAGAGUCAUCUACGAUCAGGAGCUGUUCACGUCUGGAGAAGUGGUCGAAGCUCCGUCGGAGUCCAGACUGGAGCUGCUUCAGUCCUGAACCUUCUACGACGAGGACGACUCCUGGACCCAGACCUGAUGAGUUCUGGUUCCUGUUCUGGUUCCUGUCCUCAGUCCAGCUGUCAGAAUGAGUUGCUAGCAGUGGGGCGUUCAGGCGGCGCUGGAGCUUCAGACGUCCAGUGUGUCCUGCCACCUCAGAGAUCCAACAGCGACGUUCAGAGCAGAAGGUCCGACGGACCCACAGUGGUUCUGGAGGAUGGAAACCAUGACAAGAUUGAGCUCAACCCGGAUCAUCCUGAACCGCAGACGGAGGAGUGUAGAUGUUAAUGACUAAUCGAUUAAGUGACAUUAAGAAUUUACCUUUAAGUCCUGCAUGUUGUAGGUUAGCCGUAGUGCCUUCGUCCCCCUGGUGGAACAACCAGGUACUGCAGCAGUACGACCUUCUGCUGCCUCAUUGCUUCAUAUGUUUUAUAAGUUCAACUAGUAACGGCGAUGAAUGGACCCCCAGCGGUCAACCAAUUGUCCAGCUGACGUGACGAGGACGUGGAGGAUGCAUCUAGAAGCUGAUGGUGGCGCUGUGGUCCAGUGUGUCGCUGCUGCACAACUGUUCUGAACACGUGGAUCAUUUUAUUUUAGGCCAAGUUUCCAACCUGGGAAACUGCAAAGUGUGACCAGCGAAGGACUUCCUGAGUGAAUCUGGUGUUUAAACUGAUGGUCUGUGAAUAUUUGUUGAAGAGAAUUAAAAGUUAACUGACUGAAGUUCCUCCUGAA